CGCUGCUGGGGCCGGAAGUGCGUGCGCUCGGCGUUUCCGCGUCCCUUGCGGUGAGCGUCGGGUCGCAGCGGCGUGGUCCGCGCAGAGGGUUCCCGGCCAACUGCUCCUUUGCGGGCCCCGACGCCGCCGCCCUCACUCCUGCUCUUCGGUUGAGGGAAGAUGGUCGGCCGGAACAGUGCCAUCGCCGCCGGUGUCUGCGGGGCUCUUUUCAUCGGGUACUGCAUUUACUUCGACCGCAAGAGACGGAGUGACCCCAACUUCAAGAACAGGCUUCGAGAACGAAGAAAGAAACAAAAGCUUGCCAAGGAGAGAGCUGGACUUUGCAAGUUACCUGACCUUAAAGAUGCUGAAGCUGUUCAGAAAUUCUUCCUUGAAGAAAUACAGCUUGGUGAAGAGUUGCUAGCCCAAGGCGAAUAUGAGAAAGGUGUGGACCAUCUGACAAACGCAAUUGCUGUGUGUGGACAGCCACAGCAGUUGCUGCAAGUGUUACAGCAAACUCUUCCACCACCAGUGUUCCAGAUGCUUCUGACCAAGCUUCCAACAAUUAGUCAGAGAAUUGUAAGUGCUCAGAGCUUGGCUGAAGAUGAUGUGGAAUGAGAAAAUGUCAACAUAAUCUCAAUUAAAAAUAUUUUUAAAAUCUUAAGUCGGAAGAUGAGCAGCUCUGGGGAAAAGGGCAAAUAGGCUUGUUAUGGACUGUCCUACACUGAAAUCUACCAAAGUCGGUUUUUACUUUGUGUAGAUCCAUUCAUUUGUUUUAUUUAUUUUUCCCAGUGAAAAGUGUAUUUUGAUAGCAAGCUUUUCAUUUUAUAAAUACACUAUGAGUUACCAAAAUAUCAUGGAUUUAUUUUAUUCCUAAAACGUGCAAUUAAAGUGUACAUAUAACAUCACAUUACUUAUGUUAAAAAUACUCAGUGCUUAGUUUUGAAAGAUAGGCAAAAAAACGUAUAGGAGAAAGCUGAAGAAUGCACGUUUUUUUUUUAAAGCUAGUACAUUUGUUCUACAUAAAAGAAUUGGAUGGAAACUUUAUCAAAACUGAGCAUUAAAAUCUUUGAGAGAUUAUUUUUUUUCAUUUAAUCUCUUAAAUACUUGAGA